GUGUUCGGUCAGGGCUGUAUAAAAGCAGCGCGCGAUCAGUUCUCUGGCACCUUCUACAUCAACUCAUUCACUAACCGAGUGAAGCGAUACUUCCAAAGGACUUUCGGGCUCUUUAAAGAUACUCUUGAGGAAAAAUGGAUCCUUGUGAUUGCGCCAAGACUGGAACUUGCAACUGUGGUGCCACCUGCAAGUGCACUAACUGCCAGUGUACAACCUGCAAGAAGAGUUGCUGUCCCUGCUGCCCAUCUGGUUGCAGCAAAUGUGCCUCUGGAUGUGUCUGUAAGGGCAAUUCUUGCGGCUCCAGCUGCUGUCAAUGAGGAGGUCAACGUGAUGUUUUGCUACAACAAUGUGAAUUUGUUCAUCUGUAUUUGUCAUUGUUUUGCAUCGCAUAAUGUUGUCUUUCUAUGAAAUAAAUGACCUCCCAGUUGUUCUCCAAAUCUGACUGUUUAAUGUUGUGGAAUCAUUUAACAAAGGCUAUAGAGGGAAACCAAUGCACUGAUUUGUACUGCUACAAAUAAGACCAUCACAAGAUGUUAGUUCUUUAUAAAUAGACAUUUGUAAGUCUUUCUGCCAUGUACCUUGUCUACAAUAUAUCAAUGUCAGCAGUUAA